AUGAAAUGUGACGACGGUCACGACCCUGCAUGAAACGACACCGCUCCAUUAUCAUCAACUUUUCCAUAAUUUGGUCUUGGGCUUGACUGAAAUUUCGGCUCGGGCUCACUCGAUUACACAUUAAGCCCAGCACGAACCUUAAAGACACUGACCGCACAGUUGGGUUAGAGAGGCCACCCACCCACGUGGUUGAGGUCCACAUCAAGAUUUGACUCAAGCCCCGAAUCUUGAGCCCAUGAAGAUCGUCGCAACCAACGGUAGAUGCGAAAGGCAGCAAUGAAGGUUGCCUGGAGUUGGAGUGCCGCCACUGGACUGUGUCUCUGCAAACUGCAAUACUAACUCAGAGUCAGUGGAGCGCAAAGUGUUUUGAGGGGUUAAGCAACAGAGCCAAUGAAUAAGCGCACUGAUGCGUGGCAAAUCCUUCACGUCCCAGACAAGCCUCCAAUCCCGCCCGGCCAACAACCCACGGUUAAUGUUUUAGCUUCAGUCAUUGAGCCAAAGAUCGCCAACACUCUGGUAAGGCGUUUAAAUCAAAUAGCGCCUCUGGAGAAUCUCCGCCAUGUGAAGCGUGUGCAGAAGAAAUAUCUUGAAGGAGGGAAAACUCAGUUAGCAGUAAUCCUGUGUCUAGCAUGUGAAAAUGACAAUCAGUUGGACAGCAUGCAACAUGAUGUACGAGAGAUAGUCAAUGCCUACCGGCUUAGUGCUUUUAUUACAAAAGUUAGCAAAUCUGCUGCGUCAUCAAAAGAAGAGUGGGAAGAACAAUGCAAGCUUUGGCCAACAUCAUAUCAUCCACCAACCUACAAUAUUGAUGGUAUUACUGGAUUUAGUGAAGAGGACUCACAGUUAGUGUUCAGCUUCAUGAGAUUCGCUGUGGAGUUGGCAAAGUCUGAUGAUGGUUUGAUAGUGAAUGCUGCAGUGAUUGUGGAUCCUUCAGUUAAGCAAGUAAUUGCAAGUGCACGUGAUGAAAUCUGCUCUUGGAAUACUUGUAAUAACAAAAGCAGCAUUCAAACUAGCUCCUCUCAACAGCUAGAAGUCUGCAUUACCCGUUCCAUUUCCAAUGUCGUAACAGAUGACUCUCUACUUUCAAAGGCUUCCACCAAUGAACUCGGGCGAUUUACUGAUGUUUCUUGUUUAUACCCUUGGCGGUGGGCUGAGCAACAAUUGUCUUCACCAAAUUCUUGUUACUGGCACCCUUUACGACAUGCUGCCCUUGUGGCCAUUGAAUCCUCUGCUGCUAGGGACAGACUACUUUUCCAUGGUUCGAGAGAGAUUGAAGAUAAGUCCUUUGACAUGGAACAUAUACAGUCUCCUUCCACAGGCUCUCCAGCAAAAAGACAAAAACUAAAUAUGAAAAAUGUUGAGGAUCAUGCGAAACUGGAUACUCUUGCUGAAGGUAAUAGUUCUGUAUCAGCCAGACCUUAUCUAUGCACUGGGUACGACAUAUACCUUGUUUGGGAGCCAUGCACAAUGUGUGCAAUGGCACUUGUCCAUCAAAGAAUUAGGCGCAUAUUUUAUGCUUUCACAAAUCCCAAUGCUGGUGCCUUGGGUAGUGUUCACAGAUUACAGGGGGAGAAGAGCUUAAACCAUCACUACGCUGUUUUCAGGGUCUUGUUGCCCGAAGAAGUGAUGGUCUGAAAUAAAGACGGGUAAUGCCAAAAACCAUUAUUCAAGUUCCUCAUUUGUAAUAGCUCAAGGAGAGUGUGAUCUUUUUGCUUGUUCUUUGUAAUUGAAUCUUAACUAAAUAUUAACUAGAAAGAAGGCCCUUGGAUACUGAAAUGCAUUCUUCCAUUGUAUGCGGUCGGUUUGUUACAGCCUUUUGCCUUUUUCCUAUGCAGAAAACCAUUUACUUUUUUGUUCCUCUUCAAGGAUUGUGUUGAUAUAUUGUCUUGAUAUUUGCAUUAAGAUUGGUAUGGUAAUUCAUGUCAAGUUAGAGACAUUUUAAAUGAUGCUGCUUCUUCUUUGCAUCCAAGCAUAUGUCUUCAAAGCGGUGUUCGUUGAUUUUAAUAUGCAUUAGGCGUCGCGUGGUAUGGUAAUUGAGCCGGUUUGGGAGAUAACUGGGGUAAAAAUAAAAAAUAGUCCAUAACUGGCUGAAUAAUAGCUUCUUUAAAGUUGAAGAUCACACGAUGUACCAAACUUUACCAAUGCAAAUUUACCAACACACGUGUGUGAUGUUUGGUACAUCAAUAAACUGGCUUGUCAUGUAUACUUUUCUCAUCAAUUACUUCAUUUGGGUGGUGUUUUCCUUGUGAAUUACUGAGAGUCUAUUUAAAGGCCAAGAAUUCUAUCACACAAUUUGAGAUCAGAAGUUUCAUUCAAACAAUCAAGACCCGGUCCUCUCUAUAUUAUCCCACUGAGGCUUGGCUGAAAUGCUUACGCUGCGAUUUUCGAAAGAAAUUGCUCCUACUCCUUCACACAUAAACUGAAAGACACACUCCAAGUAGGAUGACAAUGCAAUGGUAGAACCAAGAGCCUCAUGAAGCCAGUUGAACCAAAACAAAGAUG